CUUCGUGGCAGAAGUUUUUGAUCACCAAUCCCAACAGAAACCGCGAGAAAAAUCCCCAGAAAUCUCAACAGAAGAGAAGAGAAUCGAAACAGUUUUGUAACGUCAAUCAAGUAUUUUUGGAACAUAGCACAACAGUUUUCAGCUCUAUACAGCGUCGGAUUUGGAUCAGCUUUCGCGUGAGAAGUUUAGAGGAGGAAAGAGAGAAACCACAGAACAUGGUGGCUGAAGCAGAGGUUGUGUGUCAACAGAACAUGGGUGUGUUGGAUGUGAAGCAUUUUCAAAACAAGGGAAGCGAUGUUCACGAGAUCGGAGAUACAGAUGCUAAUUUGCCUCCGAAUUUUGACCGAGUUCGUGUCACUGAGUUGGUCUCUGCCGAGUUACUCACUUCACAAGAAGAUGCUAAGUCUGCAGACAGGAUCUCAGAUGCUGCUCUUGAAUCUGCGGUUCUGCAGUUUAUACCUUCCCUCCGUUCAGGUAGUUUUGCUGACAUUGGACCAAGGAGAUACAUGGAAGAUGAACACAUAAGGAUAGAUGAUUUGUCAUCUCAUAUGGGAUCACUAUACAACUUUCCCAAGCCAAGUGCCUUUUAUGGGGUGUUUGAUGGCCAUGGAGGACCUGAAGCUGCAGCUUAUAUAAGAAAAAACGUCAUAAAGUUCUUUUUCGAAGAUGUCAGUUUCCCACAGACUUCUGAAGUCAAUAGUGUAUUUCUUGAAGAGGUAGAGGAUUCCCUCACAAAGGCAUUUCUUUUGGCUGAUUCAGCUUUGGCCGAUGAUUGCAGUGUGAAUAGUUCAUCAGGCACCACGGCCCUCACUGCUUUGAUAUUUGGAAGGCUUCUAAUGGUGGCCAAUGCUGGCGACUGCCGAGCAGUUCUCUGUCGCAAAGGAGAGGCCAUUGACAUGUCUCAAGAUCACAGACCUAUUUAUCCAUCAGAGCGGAGGCGUGUUGAAGAAUUGGGUGGCUACAUAGAUGAUGGAUAUCUCAAUGGGGUUUUAUCAGUUACUCGAGCACUAGGCGACUGGGACAUGAAGUUACCUAAGGGUGGUCCCUCACCUUUGAUUGCAGAACCUGAGUUCAGGCAAGUGGUUCUAACAGAGGAUGAUGAAUUCCUCAUCAUAGGAUGCGAUGGCAUAUGGGAUGUCAUGUCAAGUCAGCAUGCAGUUAGCCUUGUUCGCAGAGGCCUGAGAAGGCAUGACGAUCCUGAAAAAUGUGCCAGGGACCUGGUUAUGGAGGCACUACGCCUGAACACAUUUGAUAAUCUCACUGUCAUCAUUGUAUGUUUUUCUUCCCUCGACCACAUGGAGCCAGAGCCAUCCCCUCCUCGCCAACGGAAAUUGAGAUGUUGUAGCCUCUCUGCAGAGGCUCUUUGUAGCUUGAGGAGCUUGUUGGAAGGCAGUGCUAGCAACUGAAUGUGUGUACAUACACAGUUCAUCGAAUAAUGUUGAGUUCAUACAUGCUGUUUUUGGCUGCUUCAGUUUAGACAUUGGAAAAAGCAGCCAUCAUUUUUUUUAACGUGGUCCGGUGGAUGUACAUAAUCGGGGAUAGAGGAUGGCGGUGUAAAUAUGUACUGUCGUUAACAUUAUUAUUUUUGUACUAUACCCAAUUUUUGUUGACUGCAAUAUUCAUGUCAGAUUCUUGUGUGUCAAUAAAACUGUUCUUAAUGUCUUA